GGCCGGGAGGGUCAGCGUGAAGUAGCCUCGUAGGGAGGCAGCGAUGAGCGACAUGGUGGAGAGGACGCUGACCGCAUUGCCGGGGCUCUUCCUGCAGAACCAGCUGGGAGGACCUGCGGCCUCCAGAGCACCCUUCUUCUCUAGGCUGGGCGGCCUCAUCCGUGGCGUCACUGCGCUCUCAUCCAAGCACGAAGAAGAGAAACUAAUCCAGCAAGAGCUGAGUAGUCUGAAGGCAACUGUUUCUGCUCCUACUACGACACUGAAAAUGAUGAAGGAGUGUAUGGUGAGACUCAUAUACUGUGAGAUGCUUGGAUACGAUGCUUCUUUUGGUUAUAUACAUGCAAUCAAGCUGGCCCAACAAGGAAACCUCUUAGAAAAAAGAGUGGGUUAUUUGGCUGUUUCUUUAUUUCUACAUGAAAGUCAUGAACUUUUGCUUCUCCUUGUGAAUACAGUGGUAAAGGACCUGCAGAGCACUAAUCUGGUAGAAGUAUGUAUGGCACUUACUGUUGUCAGCCAGAUUUUCCCUCGAGAAAUGAUUCCAGCUGUUCUUCCACUAAUAGAAGAUAAACUUCAACAUUCUAAGGAGAUUAUACGAAGAAAAGCAGUUCUGGCAUUAUACAAAUUUUACCUCAUUGCCCCUAAUCAAGUACAGCAUAUCCAUACUAAAUUUCGGAAAGCACUCUGUGACAGAGAUGUUGGGGUCAUGGCUGCCUCUUUGCAUAUAUACCUUAGGAUGAUUAAGGAAAAUUCUUCUGGAUAUAAAGACUUGACUGAGAGUUUUGUAACAAUUUUAAAGCAAGUGGUGGGAGGGAAGCUGCCAGUAGAGUUCAGUUACCACAGUGUACCAGCACCAUGGUUACAGAUUCAGCUCUUGAGAAUACUGGGACUGCUGGGGAAAGACGAUGAAAGGACAAGUGAAUUAAUGUAUGAUGUUCUUGAUGAAUCCUUACGAAGAGCCGAGUUAAAUCACAAUGUCACUUAUGCUAUUCUGUUUGAAUGUGUACACACAAUCUAUUCUAUUUAUCCUAAAUCAGAAUUACUUGAGAAGGCUGCCAAGUGCAUUGGAAAAUUUGUUCUGUCACCUAAAAUAAACCUCAAAUAUUUAGGACUGAAGGCUCUUACCUAUGUUAUCCAGCAGGAUCCUUCUCUGGCUCUUCAACACCAGAUAACCAUAAUUGAAUGCCUAGACCACCCUGAUCCCAUUAUUAAAAGAGAGACUCUGGAACUUCUUUACAGAAUUACAAAUGCACAGAAUGUAGUAGUUAUUGUACAGAAGAUGCUUGAAUAUUUACAUCAAAGCAAAGAAGAGUAUAUCGUCAUCAAUUUAGUUGGCAAAAUAGCUGAGUUGGCUGAGAAAUAUGCUCCUGACAAUGUAUGGUUUAUUCAGACAAUGAAUGCUGUGUUUUCAGUGGGAGGAGAUGUAAUGCACCCUGAUAUUCUCAGUAACUUCCUGAGACUGCUAGCAGAAGGUUUUGAUGACGAAACAGAAGAUCAACAAUUAAGACUCUAUGCAGUUCAGUCUUACCUUACUUUACUAGAUAUGGAAAAUACUUUCUAUCCACAGAGAUUUCUCCAAGUCAUGAGUUGGGUGUUAGGAGAGUAUUCCCACCUCUUAGAUAGAGAAAGUCCAGAGGAAGUUAUAACCAGGCUCUACAAGUUGCUUAUGAGUGACUCCAUUUCUUCGGAAACAAAAGCAUGGUUGUUUGCUGCGGUAACCAAGUUGGCACCUCAAGCUCAUUCUUCUCACGUAGUUGAGAAAUUAAUCCAAGAAUUCACUGUAUCCUUGAAUACUUGUCUGAGACAACAUGCAUUUGAAUUGAAACAUCUGCAUGAAAAUGUAGAGCUUAUGAAGAGCUUGCUUCAGGGUGAAGACAUAGUGGCAGAUGCUUCUUUAUCUUUUCUGGAUGGUUUUGUGGCCGAAGGACUCAGUCAGGGAGCAGCACCUUAUAAGCCCCAUCACCAGCGCCAAGAGGAACAGCUCUCUCGGGAAAAAGUUCUCAAUUUUGAACCAUAUGGACUAUCAUUUUCUUCAUCUGGCUUCACUGGACGGCAGUCCCCUGCUGGCGUUUCUCUGGGCUCUGAUGUAUCUGGAAACAGUGCUGAGACGGGGCAGAAAGAGACAAGUAGCUUGAAGAUGGAAGGUAUAAAGAAAUUAUGGGGUAAAGAGGGCUAUCUCCCCAAGAAGGAGAGUGGAAGUGGUGAUAAACCGGAGGCCCCGCAUGUUCCUGCAGAGGGUGCAACAGUGGAGAAUAUAGACCAAGCCACGACCAGGAAGGACCAAGCUCAAGGCCGUACCCCUUCUACAGAGGAGAAAGAAAAGCAGCUGUUGGCAUCAUCACUGUUUGUUGGGCUAGGACCAGAAAAUACAAUCAGUUUGUUGGGAAAAGCAGAUGUUGUGUCUCACAAGUUCAGGAGGAAAGCAAAACUCAAUGUGGCCCAAAGUGACCAGACACCCAGUGCUCAUACCACUCCCUGCCCCGCCCUCAGCCCUGUAUCAGAUGUGGCUGGUGGGGAUGAGGACGGUCUGAGUGCUGUGGACAGAGGCGAUGGGGGGCUCACUUCAGAGCUUUUGGGUCCUGAGUCUCUCUCAGAGCUGCCGUCAGUUGAAAACCUCCCAGGAGUCGGCUUGCCUGCACCUUCUUUGUUUGCUGAUGACAGCAUGGAAGUCUUUCAUCCCCCUUCAUCCUCUGCAGCUUCAGCUGUCAAGGAAAGCAGCUUAGCUUCUUUGCUGGAAGAAACUCCUGCGUGCAGGCAUUCGGGUCUCAUGGAGAUCUGUAGUGAUGAAACUGUGUCUGUGUCUUCUUACAAAGUCUGGAAGGAGGAUUGCCUAUUGGUGAUUUGGUCAGUCACUAGUAAGCCUGGUUCACAGUUCACAGAUGCUCAGUUAGAAAUUUCUUCUGUGGAAAAUUUCAAGAUCCUCGAGCAGCCUGGAUGUUCUUCACCUGUGAUAGAAACAGAAAGCACCAAAUCCUUUCAAUAUGGUGUGCAGAUGGAAAGCCCUUGUGUAGAGGGGACUCUCUCUGGUUUUAUAAAGUAUCAAAUGAUGGAUACACAUUCUGUUCAACUGAAAUUUUCCAUGAACUUAUCAUUAUUAGAUUUUAUUAGACCAUUGAAGAUCUCAACUGAAGACUUUGGCAAACUCUGGUUGUCCUUUGGAAAUGAUGUGAAGCAAACUAUAAAAAUAUCAGAGCCUCGAGUUGCUCUGGCUUCUGUCCUAACAGAGCUGCAGCAGAAACUGAGACUUCGUGUGAUUGACGUCAUAGGCAAUGAAGGGCUGCUGGCCUGUAAGCUGCUCCCAUCCACCCCCUGUGUCCUGCACUGCCGAGUGCAUGCCAGCGCCGUGGCCCUGUGGUUCCGAUCCUCUAGCUCUGUUCUUUCAGACUGUUUAUCAUGUCACUGUCAAAAAGUGAUGCAGGCAUCCUAGCGAACUUCUGUUAAAUUUUACCUUUUCCACAUGAAUGGUUUACAUUUAUAACCUUACCAAAGUAAAAAGCACUCACGGUACUUCUGAUGGAAAUGGGGAUUUGUAAGCUUUGGUGUAUGUGUUUUCUUCUUGAUUCCUACUAAGAAUGAUCCCCAAGAAACUGUGUCAUUAAUUUUUUUACUCAGGAUUGUACAGUGUGUUUGGGUCCCCCCCAAAGUGACCUAAGCUAAUAUUAUAAAAUGUUAAUGAUUUUAUGUCACUUAAUGUGGAGGAACUGAAAAUAUUUAUUUUGUUAUAAAUGUUUUAUAGCAGGUUUAUUCUAGCAUUAACUGAUUUCUAAUGAGGCUGAGACUUGGUUCUCUGCUUUGAUGCAGGGGACACAGAGACUGAUCAUCACCUGAAUCACACUUGGCUUUGGAGUGCAGAAUUUGCUGUAAGGAAAGUCUGUGCUCUCGGUUCUACUUUGCUCAGGUUAGGGUUAAACUGAGGUGGUCUAACACAUACUAACCAUUGUACAAGACCAUGAACAUGCUGAGUAUUGGGCAAACACAAUCUGUUUUUUACUUUUUAACUUCUUAUACUUAAUUUUAAGUAAUUUGACCAUAAAGUAUAUCUGUUUGUUAUUAGAUCCUUUUUGCAGUUAAGAUUUGUGACCAUAGUAUAACUGGCCAAUUGAUUUUUUUUCUGGUCCAUAAAUCUACUAGUAUUAAGUGGAUGUUACUGAGUAGUGACUGUAUAAAUAUAGCCUACAAAUACUUCAGCAAAAUAUAUCAUUUUCAUGCUAUACUUAUGCAUAUAGGCCCUAUGUUAGUAAAAGAAGGGAUUAUGCCUUGUGUGUGUGAUGGGCCAAAAUCUUGAGAUUGUAUAUUAACUGAAAUAGUAUUUUAUAAAAACUAAUGGUGCUGUGGGAAAUAUUUAUUUUACCCUUUUUGGUACGUCACCAUUGAAACUAUUCAGGUAAUACAACUUAAGUUAUUGUUAGAGGUCAGGCACUCUGGUUCUACAUUAUUUCACCAAUACUUGCUGUAAAGAUGCAAAGGAGGAAGCCAGGUGGUGGCAGUGGGGUAGUGCUUUAAUCCUAGCACUGGGCAGAGGCAGGAGGAUCUCUUGAGUUUGAGGCCACCCUGGUCGACAGAGCAAGUUCCAGAACAGCCAGGGCUACACAGAGGAACCCUGUCUUGAAAAACCAAAAGGGGGGAAAAAGAUGCUAAGAAGAUUCUACAGAGCUGUCAUCCAUAGUUAGAACAAGACAAAAAGUUGUAUUUUUAAAAUUAACUUUUAGGUUAUUCAUUUGUAAAUGUAGCAUUUUGUUAACAUCUCUCUUAAAUACAUGUAGUUAAGCCUUGCUAAAAAGAGGAGUAGGUGACUGGAAUUUCCUGCACUUUGGGUUUCUCCCUUCAGUAGAUUAGAUGCAUCAUCAGCCUCAGUACUGUCAUGAUAGAGGGUUCUGAAGCAGCCACUCCAUUAGCUUCCUCUUUAUUGUUGCCAUUCGCAGCCUUCCCUGCUUCUUACCCAGCCUCGCUCUGACUUUAUCAAGCAGUGGGGCAUGUGGAAUAGGAGGAGCUCCUUUGUGUGUAUUUUUCCAGACGUUUCUGUGGUCACUGAGGUUGGUCAGUUGUGGAGCAGGGGGAGUAAGGUAUAUAAAAUCACAAUGACAGCUGUCCUGAGCACCAUGGUUGUUUGCUUUUCUGCUGCUUUAUUAUAAGGGAUGUUCGAGAGUUGGGAUUUAAUUGGCCUGUCUAACAGUGCAUGUGUAAACAGUAAGUUUGGGGUUGAGGCAUGACUUUAGAUCUGCCAAAGAGAACAUUGUGUCACUUUUGUUCUUUCUGAACUCACUAAAUAAAAUGUAGAGUAACAGGGUUUCUACAGAAAUGUUUAAUAGAAUGUUUACAAUAUUUAUGAUUUUAAUAAACUAAUAAUAAUAGAAAAGAAUAGAUACUUUAAAACUUUGGACCAGUACAUAUUCUAUCUAAACUCAUUGAAUUAUAUUCUGAAUCAGGCAUCGUCAACCUUUUUGAUCACAGAAUAGGAAGAAUUUUAGGUCUAGUUGUUGUGUAGGGCCAUCCACAACAUCUAGUCUCUUUAUAAUCAGUCAAUGAAGGUAACGCUUGGGGGAAGAAUGCCAGGCACGUUUACUGAGGAUGGAUGGCAGCAGAGCCAGACUGGGGACAAAUAAAGGAGGACAGGAAGAGCAUGAGAACAGUGGAAAGGAGGUGGCCAGGCUCCCCAGCAAUCGUCCAUAGGAGCUCAGCAGAAGAGCUGCCACUCAGGGUGGGAGAGGAAACUGUAGGAGGAGCUGAGCAGUUUCUGAGAGCCAAUCUGCCACGUUUGCCCAGCACAGCAUAUGCUCUGCAGGUGAGUAUUAGCGAACAUGCUUCUAAACUCUUCCAAAUUGAUUUAUAAAAGUACAGUAUUUUAUUUUCAUUUUACUGUAGGUUAUUUUCUAUGGGUAAACAUGAUCUUUGUCGCAUGGUAAGCCAUGAGAAGUGCACUGACCCUGUUCAUGUGUCUUUAAGCUGUUUUCCUAUGUCAGAAUUUUAGGAGAGAACAAUGCAAGUGAAUAGCAACUUAAUAAAUGAUGCAUUUUUUUUACUUUGUUUUGGUGUUGAACUGUGUAAAUUAAAAUUUUUUAAUUGAAUGUAUAAUAAAAAAAAUCUGUGCUUUUUUUGAGUCUA